AUGGCCCUCAACGGCGCUGCCCAUGCUGUCACAGAAGUGGCCGUUGCAAAGAUGGGGGAUGAGCUCUCCAGCCCUCACAGUGAAACGUGUCAAAUAAAGAGUUGAGCAAUCAGCAUUUAAACAAAAAUGCAUUCGUUUUACAAUGAAGUAACCGUGUCCUCCUGUCUCUCCUCAGUGAAGAACGUAGUUGGCGUCAUCGCCAGGUACAUGGCGGCCCUGCAGGAGUUCAGGCGCAGUGUCUCCAUGAAGGUGGCGUUCGACCGGGUGGGCGUUGACCGUAACACCAUCUCGCGGACGGCAGCCAUCGCCGAGUUGAGCCUGGCCGCUCCAGAGGUGUGUAAUUCCUUUUUACCGUCCGCUAUCAGAUAUUUUAAUCAGGAAUGUUUUUCAAUGGAGUCUUCCAAUUGAGCUUGCUUUUUAGUCUGGGGACUAGGUUUUAUAAUUUGAGUAUUUCAUUGUAUUUAUUGGUGUUGUAUGUAUUAGCUGGUGCAAACAAAUUUCCCCUUUUGGGGGAUUAAUAAAGUACUAAUUUAUCUUAGGUGUUCCACGCUCUGCCGCCGUGGGACGAGAAGGAGGAGACGCUGGCUCACUAUUCCCACCGCUGCCGGCAGGCCAUGGACGACACCAUCAGAGCCAAGAUCAAAACCAUGAAAACCAAGGGAGACCUGCUGCCUAUAGUCAGCAAAUAA